AAUUGUUUUCAAUCACUGUACAUUUUUUAAAUGUCUAUUUUCAAUUCUCAACUAUUAUGAAUAAUAAUUGGAAGAGACCAGAUUUACCAAGUAAAUGUACAUUUUCUUCAAAACAAUCAAUCAUUGAAAGUCCUCAUCAUCAUCAUCACCAUCUUCAUCCUCAUCAGCAUCAUCAUCAUCAUGAUAAUUCAAUUUUCAAAAGAAAUAAAAUUUUAAAUCAUUCAUUAGAAUUAAUUGGUAAUACACCUUUAAUUCAACUAAAUCAAAUAGUAAAGAAUGAAGGUAUAGAAUGUGAACUAUUAGGAAAAUGUGAAUUUCUUAAUAUUGGUGGUAGUAUUAAAGAUAGAAUUGCAAAACGUAUGAUUGAAGAAGCUGAAUUAGAAGGUAAAUUAAAACCUGGGGAUACAAUUAUUGAACCAACUUCGGGAAAUACUGGUAUUGGAUUGGCGCUUACUGCUUCUCUUAAAGGUUACCGACGUAUAAUUGUAAUGUCAGAGAAAAUGAGUAGUGAAAAGGAAUCGUACUUAAGAUGCCUUGGAGCUGAAAUUGUUCGUACACCGGCUUCUGCAAAUUUUGAUCAUCCUGAUUCAUUGUUCCGAGUGUCAGAAAAAAUAAAAAAUGAAAUUGGUCCAUCUGCACAUAUCAUGAAUCAAUAUACAAAUCCAUAUAAUCCAAUAGCUCAUUUUGAUGAAACAGCUGAAGAAAUUCUUCGUGAUUGUACAGAAGAAAAUGGACAAAUCAAAUUGGAUAUGCUAGUAGUUGGUGUUGGAACUGGUGGUACAAUAACCGGAAUAUCAAGGAAAAUAAAAAUGAAAGUGCCUAAUUGCUUAAUUGUUGGAGUGGAUCCAAUUGGUUCAAUUCUAGCCAAUCCAGAAUGUCAAGAAACAACUCCAUACGACGUUGAAGGUAUUGGAUAUGAUUUUUUCCCUACUGUCUUGGAUACAAAUGGAAUUGAUAAAUGGUGUAAAACAGGUGAUCAUGAAUCUUUUGAAAUGGCUAGGCGACUUAUACAUGAAGAAGGUUUACCAUGUGGUGGCAGUUCUGGUGCUGCUGUAGCUGGUGCUAUCAGAACUAUUAAAGAAUUGGGUUUAGGAAAAAACAGUCGAAUCGUGGUUAUCCUACCCGAUAAUGUACGCAAUUACAUGUCUAAAUUCUUAUCAAAUGAUUGGAUGUUUAGUCGAGGAUACAUGAACUUUCCUCUUGGUGAUGCAUUUCGAAAUAAUUGGAUUAAUGAUACAUUAGAUGAAUUAAUUGCUGGUCUUCCAAAAACAGUUAGAAUUACUAGUGAAUAUACAGUAAAAGAUGCUUCGAACUUAAUUAAAACGGAGAAUGUAAGGGGAUUGUUGGUGGUAGAAAAUAAUGGAACAAAACUUUGCGUUCUUGGUGUAUUUGAUUCAAAUGUUCUAAGACUAUUAUUCAGUGGAUCUGUUAAACCGACUGAUCUUGUUGUCAAAGCGAUGAAUAAAAAUUAUCGACAAGUUGAGGAAGUACAUGGGCUUGAUCGUGUUUCUCGCGAACUCACCAUUGAAUCAUAUGUUGUUCUGUGGAAUAAAGAAAACCCUUAUUUAGUAUGUCGUGAAGAUUUUCUUCAUUGGUCCCUAUUUAAACAGUAGCGAGUUUGUUCAUGAAGAAAAAGCACAAGUAAACAAUACUAAAUCAACCUGUUUAUCUUCGAAUUCAUUUUUACCCAGCUUUUUUUUAUAGAAAUAAAUAGCUUAGAGAUAAAAA